GUGUGGGAUUUGAGUCUUCCUCGCGGUGGAACCAUGGCGGACGCCUUCGGAGACGAUUUGUUCAGCGUUUUCGAUGAUGAACAGUCGACUUCUAGUAAAAAGACGAGCUCGAAACCCGAGUCUCGGGUCGGGAAAACAGCUGGCGCACAAGGCAGAGAAAAGACCGAAUCCCCGACUGCAGGAAAGAUGAAACGUGAGACGGAGUAUGACGGCACUGACGAGGUCCCGUUCGGUAAAAAGGCCAAACUGGACUCGGUGUUAUCAGAGGAGAUUAAUCUUGCAGACUUGAUGCCUAAAGUUAAAGUGGAGCAGGUAGAGACGGUGGAGGGCUGCACGCAUGAGGUGGCGCUGCCAGCAGAUCAGGAAUACACACAACUGAAACCACGAGUAGGAAAAGCAGCCAAGGAGUACCCUUUCAUUCUGGACCCGUUUCAGCGCGAGGCCAUCCUGUGCAUCGACAACAACCAGUCUGUCCUCGUCUCCGCUCACACCUCAGCCGGCAAAACCGUGUGUGCAGAGUACGCCAUUGCUCUGGCUCUGAGGGAGAAGCAGCGUGUGAUCUUCACCAGCCCCAUUAAAGCCCUGAGUAAUCAGAAGUACAGAGAGAUGUACGAGGAGUUCCAGGAUGUGGGUCUGAUGACUGGAGAUGUGACCAUUAACCCCACUGCCUCCUGCCUCGUCAUGACCACUGAGAUUUUGAGGAGCAUGCUGUACCGGGGUUCAGAGGUCAUGCGUGAGGUGGCCUGGGUCGUAUUUGAUGAGAUUCAUUACAUGAGAGACUCAGAGCGAGGCGUGGUAUGGGAGGAGACAAUCAUCCUUCUGCCCGAUAACGUACAUUACGUCUUCCUGUCGGCGACCAUCCCCAACGCACGUCAGUUUGCAGAGUGGAUCUGUCACCUGCAUGCACAGCCAUGCCACGUGGUGUACACAGACUACAGACCCACUCCGCUGCAGCACUACAUUUUUCCAGCAGGGGGCGAUGGACUUCACUUAGUUGUGGAUGAGAACGGGGAGUUCAGGGAGGAUAACUUUAACACAGCCAUGCAGGUUCUUCGGGAUUCAGGAGACCCUGGUGUGAGUGGAGGAGGUGGAAAGUGGGACCCUAAAGGAAGACGAGGCGGGACAAAGGGUCCGUCUAAUGUGUUUAAGAUUGUGAAGAUGAUCAUGGAGAGGAACUUCCAGCCCGUCAUCAUCUUCAGUUUUAGUAAGAAGGAGUGUGAGGCGUACGCGCUGCAGGUGUCCAAACUCGACUUUAACACAGAUGAUGAGAAGAAACUGGUUGAGGAGGUUUUUAGCAACGCCAUUGACUGUCUGUCAGAUGAGGAUAAGAAGCUGCCACAGGUAGAACACGUUCUGCCUCUGCUGAAAAGAGGAAUCGGGAUCCAUCAUGGCGGACUGCUGCCGAUCCUGAAGGAGACCAUCGAGAUCCUCUUCUCUGAGGGACUGCUGAAGGCCUUGUUCGCAACAGAGACGUUUGCCAUGGGGAUCAACAUGCCUGCUCGCACCGUGCUCUUCACCAGCGCACGAAAGUUUGACGGCAAGGACUUUCGCUGGAUCAGCUCGGGAGAGUACAUCCAGAUGUCGGGCCGAGCCGGCAGGAGAGGAAUGGACGAGAGGGGGAUCGUCAUCUUUAUGGUGGACGAGAAGAUGAGUCCCACUGUGGGCAAGCAGCUCUUAAAGGGUUCUGCCGACCCUCUGAACAGCGCCUUCCACCUCACCUAUAACAUGGUCCUAAACCUGCUGCGUGUGGAGGAGAUUAACCCAGAGUACAUGCUGGAGAAAUCCUUUUACCAGUUCCAGCACUACAGAGCGGUCCCUGGUGUCGUGGAGAAGAUGCAGAAGUUGGAGGAAAUGUACAACACCAUCGAGAUCCCCAAUGAGGACAACGUGGUCACUUAUUAUAAAAUCCGCCAGCAGUUAGCAAAGCUCGCCAAGGAGAUCGAAAAAUACGUGCAUAAACCCAAAUACUGCCUGCCUUUCCUACAGCCUGGCCGCCUGGUCAAGGUGAAAAAGAACAAUUUAGAUUUUGGCUGGGGCGUCGUCGUCAACUUCUCCAAGAAAUCAAACGUCAAGGCCACUACUGGUGAUCUGGAUCCUUUAUACGUUGUGGAAGUUUUAUUACACUGCAGUAAAGAAAGUGUGAAAAACGCUGCCACAGAGGCAGCCAAGCCUGCAGCACAGGGCGAGAAAGGAGAGAUGCAGGUGGUGCCGGUCAUGCUGAAUCUCCUCACCUCCAUCAGCUCAGUGCGGCUCUACAUCCCUAAAGACCUGCGACCCUACGACAACCGACAGAGCAUGCUCAAAUCCAUACAGGAGGUACAGAAACGUUUCCCUGACGGUCUCCCUCUGUUAGACCCCAUCGAUGAUAUGGGUAUUAAAGACGCGGGCCUAAAGAAGGUCAUCCAGAAGGUGGAGGCGUUCGAGCACAGGAUGUACACACACCCACUCCACACUGACCCCACCCUUGGGACAGUCUACACACUCUGUGAAAAGAAAGCAGUGAUUGCAGGUGAUAUAAAGGCGGCAAAGCGGGAGUUAAAGAAGGCCCGUACCGUGCUGCAGAUGGACGAGCUGAAGUGUCGGAAGCGCGUGCUGCGACGCCUCGGGUUUGCCACGUCCUCCGACGUCAUUGAGGUGAAGGGGCGAGUCGCCUGCGAGAUCAGCAGUGCGGAUGAGUUGCUCCUGACAGAGAUGAUGUUUAACGGUUUGUUUAACGACCUGACGGCUGAACAAGCAACGGCUUUACUGAGCUGCUUCGUCUUCCAAGAAAAUGCUAACGAGAUGCCUAAACUUACAGAACAGUUAGCAGGCCCACUCCGACAAAUGCAGGAGUGUGCCAAGCGCAUCGCUAAAAUCUCGGCCGAGGCGAAGCUGGACGUGGACGAGGACUCCUACCUGAACCAGUUUCGUCCUCAUCUCAUGGACGUGGUGUACACGUGGGCCAACGGAGCGUCCUUCUCUCAGAUCUGCAAAAUGACGGACGUUUUUGAAGGGAGCAUUAUUCGCUGCAUGAGGCGCCUGGAGGAACUCAUGAGGCAGAUGUGCCAAGCGGCCAAGGCCAUCGGGAACACGGAGCUGGAGAACAAGUUCGCUCUCGGCAUCACGAAGAUCAAGCGCGACAUCGUCUUCGCUGCCAGUCUUUACCUGUGAGGGACGAAAGCUGCUGAUUAACAAAUCCACUUCCCUCUUUUCCUUAAUUGUUUUCCCCCCCACCCAUUUUUUUUCAUAAAGACGACACGAAGAUGCCGGUGAUGGAACAAGUUUAUUACGUUCACGUUCACAAAUGUUAUGAGCUCAUUCUUUUGUUUGUUCUUUAAACAAGACAAUAUUUUUUGUACAUAGUGUUUUAACAUAAUUUUAAUUAAAAUUAAGUGUAUAGUGA